AUGACCGCAGUUACCGAGAGGCGAAUAGUCCGAGAGGCCUCCGCAGAUGCAGGCAAUAGGAACUCUACCGCUGCUGCUGGGGCUGAUGUUACGGAUUCGUCCACGAUGAAUUCAUCAGGAGCGGCGAAUGUUACAUCGAACGUGGAUGCAGUGGCUGCUUCGUUGAAUGGAAUAUUGAAAGGUGGAAGGCUGUGGAAAAGCACCAGCGAUUUACCACAGGAGGAUGCUACUAGUUUUUGUUCCGAUGACGAUAAUGCAAGUCGUAGAUCAGUUCGAUUUUUCGAAGAAAAUGACAAUACCCUCCAUGGAACAUCCGAGGACCGCGAUGACGAGACUUCAUCGAACCUGAACGACAACCAGGUUGAAGAAGAAAGGACGGCAGAAGAAUCAUCUGUUGAUAACGCACUUGGAAAUUACCGUUUAGUCGGAGGUGGCAGUACUUUAUAUACGACAUCAAAUAUUUUAAGGCCAAAUUCGGCUGUAAGACAGCUAUUUCCAGUGGUGGAUGAACAAACUCAACAAUCCAGGUGUGUAUUGUUAAAAUGUUAA